GCCGCCAGCUAGCACCGAGCCGGGCUGGGAGGGUUAGAUGAUGUGAUGUGAUCGUAUACGGGCGGCCGGCUGCAGCUACGGGUGGACUGGCACUUAAAAGCGGCUGUCGACGCGGGCCCUGCUCUUUACUCUGCCCGUGUGUCGUCGUGGGAGCGGAGGCGCAGAAGCCCGGAGGCUGACCGAAGCGCGUCAUCACUGCAGAGUAUCUUCAGUCAGUCAUGAUGUCAGUACAAACCCCUCUCUCACGCUCUGGCUCCUCCCCCUCUAACGUGGGCCUGGCAAACCGCAGUGGACCCUCCGCCACCCCUCCCACCUCUCUCAGCCUUCGCUCCUCAUACAACCAGUUGCUUGGGCGGGAUGUCAUCAAAGAGUCAAUGGAAACAGGAAGUUCGGCCACUUUGCCAAAGAGUCGUCAGAGGUACGCCAUGACCAGCGUGCGGAGCGCCGUGGGGAUUAGUGACAACCUCUUUAAAAACCAGCCUGUGACUAGAGGACGGGGCCUCCCUACCAAGUCCUCCUCUAGCUCCGCCCUCUACUCCUCCUCUUCCUCAUCUUCGCUCUUUAAUACAACCAACCCUAAACUGGCGAAGAACGGGGCCAACAUGCAGAGGAGAGCCGAAAGCCAGCAGCUAGAGUUGAGCAGAGCCAAUACGGAGGGCAAGAUUCACAGUGAUGUCAUCAAUAACCCCUGUUCUGAUUGGCUAGACAACUCCCAGCUGCCUCCUUUUAGACGACGGACCAAGAGCUUUCUCAGUUACCACGAAAAGGGCUGGGAUCUGGAUGUCAGCUGGGGGAAAAAGGAGGAAAAGGAGGAGAAGAAGCAGCAGCCCUCUCCUGAGAAAGAACAGGCCAGUCCUGACAAUGACAAGGAGAUUGAGAAGGAGGAGAAGACCAGCAUCAAGCAGAGCUGCGAGGAGGAGAAGGAGGAGGUGGAGCCAGUGGUGGAGGAGGAAGAGGAGGACGAUGAUCCCACACCAACUCCAAGACAGCCCUUGCUACCUGUGGUGGUUGAAGCCCCUCUUUCUGCCACCUCCUCUUCCUCCUCAAACAGCCCAGAGUGGAUCCCAGACAACCAGAACCAGGUCAAAGAGGAGCUAUGUGUCCCCGUCCAGGGAAGUCCACGCAGCCCUGCAAAGCCUCCACGCAGCUCCCAGCCCAGAGUGAUCAAGGUGGAGUUGCACCCCAACAAUGAGAACCAGUUUCUGCAGCAGUACCCGCCUUCUUCUCCUAAACAGGCCCGAGCUGCAGAGAGGAAUACCCCGACCAGGAACCGACCAGCGCCUCCUGCUCUACCUGAUCCUGAACCUGAGACUGGGCUCCCUAAGGUGGGCCUGAGAAUGGACCUGACUCCUGACACACCUUCAGAGGAUGAGGACUCCAGCUGGACCACCCUGUCGCAGGAGACGCCCUCUCCUCAGACUCCACAGGAAACAGCAGAUGUUUGGGAUGAGGGGGAUCUGCCCCCAGGCUGGCGAGAGAUCUCAGACUCAUCAGAGGUCUAUUUCUGGCAUGUCCCCACUGGCACCACACAGUAUCACAGACCUGUUGCUGCUGGCAACCCACACACCUCUGCCAAAGCUGAGGCAGACCCACAACAGGACACACAGGACACCCUGAAACCGCCCAAUGAGCGCCCCAGCAGUCUGAUAUCUGACAGCUCUGUGGAGCCGGUCCCCUCGCCCUCUGGCUCCUCCCCCUCCUCCUCUUCCUCCACCCCGUCCAAUGACGUCACCUCUUCUGGACCAAACCUCAACAUCACCACCUGCACAGCCAAUUCUGUCCAGGACCUGAAGGACUAUCCGGUCUAUCCUGAUCCCAGUCUGAAGGCGUUUGAAGGGGCCACACUCCGCUAUGCCUCUCUUAAACUCAACCCUGCAGCACAGCUUGAGACUGUUGACCUGAAUAACACUGUCUCUGAUUCAGAAGAAAUGUCAUUCCCUGUGCGAUCUCUGGGCUGGGUGGAGAUGGCAGAACAGGACCUAUGUGAAGGGAGAAGCAGUGUGGCUGUACACCACUGCAUCAGACAGCUGUCCUACUGCAGGAGGGACAUACGAGACUCAGCUGGGGUGUGGGGAGAGGGUAAGGGGAUGCUGUUAGUGCUUCAGGACCGCAUGCUGACCCUUGUUGAUCCCGAUGACCACAGCCUGCUUCACUCUCAACCAAUCAGUAGCAUCCGUGUCUGGGGUGUUGGCCGAGACCACGACAGAGAAAGGGACUUUGCCUACGUGGCGAGAGACAAAAACACGCGGGUUUUAAAGUGCCACGUGUUCCGAUGUGAUACUCCUGCCGCAGCCAUCGCAACAAGUCUCCACGAAAUCUGCUCCAAGAUUAUGGCUGAAAGGAAAAGUGCCAAGGCUGCAGCUGGCAGCUCCUCCCAGACCGGCUCAGAUGUACCCCUACAAGAGUUUCCCAUGCCAAAGACUGAGUUGGUGCAGAAGUUUCAUGUUCUGUAUCUGGGUAUGACAUCUGUUUCUCGCCCCAUAGGGAUGGACAUCAUAAACGGGGCCAUAGACAACCUGGUGUCCUCCACAGGCAAAGAGGACUGGACUCCUGUCAUACUGAGUAUAGCUGACACAACUCUGGCUGUCAUCAAAGAAAAGGAAGAGGAAGAGGAGGUGUUGGUGGAGUGUCGUGUGAGAUUCUUGUCCUUCAUGGGCGUGGGACGGGAUGUGCACACAUUUGCCUUCAUCAUGGACACCGGGAACCAGCAUUUCCAGUGUCAUAUCUUCUGGUGCGACCCCAACGCAGGCAGUGUGUCGGAGGCUGUGCAGGCAGCAUGUGUGCUGCGGUAUCAGAAGUGUCUGGUUGCACGGCCGCCCUCCCAGCGUGCUGGCUCUUCCACCUCACCCACUGCAGACUCAGUGACCCGACGGGUGACCACCAGCGUGAAACGUGGCGUUCAGUCUCUCAUAGACACUCUGAAACCCAAGAAACAGCCAUCAGAACUACCCCAGCAAUGACCGUCACCGGUGACCACAGUAACCACCCGGCCGACACCUGAACCACUCACACACUAUCACCACAACAACACAGUAUCAUUGCCAGCCAUGGUGACCAAUGAUGAUGUAUAUAUAUAAUAACAAACACCACCGCAGAGGAGGGGAAAGGAGCAGUCAUCCAGUUUGCCUGAUGAUUUCAAAAAAAUCAGUUUCGUGUGGAGGAAGAAGUGCUGGUGUCACUGAUGUUUGAGCACUGUGGCUUCUAUGUGGAAACCACCUGCUGACUCCUUAUGGAUUUCCUGUGCAGAUGUUUUACUCAAAAGGAUCAAAUUUCUAGUACUUAAGUGUAUUUCAUGCUUUGUUCUCCUCUGUCAAAUUAGUCAUCUGCACAGUGGGAGCUCCUGGACAGCGACACCAAGCUACAGGAGCUCUGAAGGACAAAAAAGAUGUCGUUUUGCUGUCAUUGGAUUUUUACAAGAAGAAACGAUAGAUACCAAGCAAAACCUUUCAGUACACCAAAACAACAAAAGAUAAAAUAUUUGUGCCCUUAAAUGUGUGAAAGACUGGAAAAAGAUAAAAUCUCCGAUGAGGAUGAAUGACAUGAUUGUAAUAAUGAAGUGUAUGUAAAUGAUUGUACGUAGGAAGAGAGAAUUUUGGGCACAAGAUCUGUAGAUAUGAGAGGAAGAUGAGAUGUUAGUAAUGAAAAAUGAGAUGGAUGUGGGCAUUGAUUUUGCAUGUUUUCUUGACAGGAUAUGCUUUUCUUUUGAUGAGUUUAAAAAAAGGGUGGCAGUAAAAAUAGAAGUGGUGAACACACAUGAAAUAGAUGCUUUCAGCACAAGUCAUCUCUAUUUGAACGUGACUGGAUUUACACUGGCACAAACAAUCUGGUUCCUAAAUCAAC